GUGCUGGUUGCUUCCUGGGCACCUUGGAGCGUCCCGUGUCGCCAUCCUUUGGACCUCAGUUUCAGGGGUGCUGCUGGGUGUGCAGAGAGCUGGGGAGAGAAACCCAUGGCAGGCUUGAGUCUCUCCCCAGAAAAGAUACAGAAGGUGAUGAUGAAAAAUUGCUCUUUCUUGAGAGUGGGGCCUUUAUUUGCAUAAUUCCAACUUAAUUGUGAACUUCACAUCGAAAGUAUGGGUUUGAGGGAGUAUCUUUUCUUCCUGGGUCGUGACACCUGUUUGUGUUCAAUGGGGCAACGAAUUCACUUUGUGGUUGACCCUCAGGGUUGGUGCUGCAUGGGCCUAAUUAUCCUUGCCUGGCUGUACAAUACAGUCUUCAUUCCAAAGGUCAUCCUUUUUCCUCACUAUGAAGAGGGAAAUAUUUCAGUUGUGGCAGUUUUGUGUUAUUACUUCUGCUCAUUGUUUUGUAUAGGUUCAUUACUUAGAGCUUCAGUAGCAGAUCCCGGAAAGCUACCUGAAAAUCCAAAGAUACCAAUUACAGAACGAGAAUAUUGGGAGUUAUGUAACAAAUGCAACAUGAUGAGACCAAAGCGUUCACACCAUUGCAGUCGUUGUGGACAUUGUGUGAGGAGGAUGGAUCACCACUGUCCAUGGAUUAAUAACUGUGUUGGUGAAGACAAUCAUUGGCUGUUUUUACAGCUGUGUUUCUACACUCAGAUCCUUAGUUCCUAUACGCUGAUACUUGAUUUCUGCCAUUACUACUACUUUUUGCCUCUGAAAAAAGAAAACUGGGAUGUUUUUGUAUUUAGACAUGAACUUGCUGUCCUAAGAAUAUCUGCCUUCAUGGGUCUAAUAAUAUUAGGUGGAAUAAGUCGACUCUUUUACACUCAGCUAAUGGGUAUUUUCACUGAUACUACAGGUAUAGAAAAAAUGUCAAACUGUUGUGAAGACAUAUCGAGGCCCCGAAAGCCAUGGCAGCAGACCUUCUCAGAAGUUUUUGGCACUCACUGGAAGAUCCUGUGGUUUAUUCCUUUCAGGCAGAGGCAACCACUGCGAGUUCCCUACCACUUUGCCAAUCAUGUCUAAACAGAUGGAUAGUGGGCACAGAUGGGUCCUCCAUGCUGGAAGUGCGUUACAGGUUUUAUGAUAAUAGGACUAUGACAGUCUUCAAGUCAAUUAAAAUCCAGUUGUAGGCAUCACAAUGUGCCCCAGGCAUUAUUUUAGUUGUGGUGUUGAUUCUGUUCUGAGAUUAAUGCAAAUUGAUUGUUUAACUUUAUGCAUAUUUAAUUUCAGAUUAGCUUUCCAAAGAAAUUUCUUUUGGUUUUGAGAUUAAUACCAAAAGCAAAUGACUGAAAUGCACUCUUCCUCUAUUUGUUUGAUACUGGCUCUUUGUUUUUUUUACCUUUUUUUUUUUUUUUUUGUAGGAAGCACUGAAGUUUACAUUUAUGGUUAGAUUUCUCUCCAAGUGUCUUAUUCUGCCUUGAAUUUUUUUUAGUGUUUUUAUCAGCAGGUCUGUCUAGAUAAUGUCCUUUUUUUUUCUGCAUGUGUUGAACUGAUACUUCCAGUUAUUUAUGAUAUGCAAUAGUAAUCCUGCAGCACCGCACUAUAAAAGGCAACAUUUAAAACUGAGGCAGACUACUUCCUAAACCUUUCUCAGAGAGGUUUUUUAUAAAUACACAUAAAUGUGUAUGUUUAUAGAGAGAAGUCUUACAUCUUACAGUUAUCUUUCGGCCUAGAUAUGAUCUUAGUGAAAAUUAUUCAUGUCUCUAUGUCAACAAGCAGGAUUAAAUAUUCCAGGGUAAACUGUCCAAAUGGGAAGUGUGUUUUCCCUAUAUCCCGAGGAUUUCCUUGCAAUAAUUCAACAAAGAAGUUGCAUGGUGCAAAUACUGGAAUGCUUACUUUUUAAAAAUGCAGAUGUAGUUAGUUAGCAUAAUGUACCAUAAAAAAGAGUAUAUUGUCAAUAAAGUUAUAAAUUUUA